AUGGCACACUAUAAGCACAUUACAGUCAACACUAAUAAUAUGAAGCUUGUUCUUGGCAUCAGUGCCAAAAUCAGGUCAAACUAUUUUGGCCUGAUUGAUGCACCUGAUCAUUCUGCUCCUGCCACCACCACCCACCACCUGCAUGCUGCCCCCUCCCCACCAACUACUGCUGCCACUGCUCCACCACCACCACCAUCAUCCACCACUGCUUCUCUGCCUCUCUGCCUUCCCCCAGCACUGUCAGGGUCUCCACCUUUCACAAAGCCAGUUCUGAAGGAGCAGAAGAAGAAGAAGAAGAAGUGGAAGAAGAAGAAGAAGAGAGAAAAAGAGAACAAUAAUGAUGAUGAAGAUGAUGACAAUAAUAAUUAA